CCGGUGGAAGCCCAUGCUCCCGGCGGUCGAGUUGGUCCUUCCCGGCCGUUCUCGCUCUUGAUUUCCAUCUCUCGUCUCCCGGCUCCGACCCGUGACGACCGCCUCCUCCACUCUCUGUCUCCAGCUUCCUUCGGUUGAUCAAAAGAAGAAACGAACAAACCGUCUCCGGUGGCAGGAUGGGGAACCAGAAGCAGAGGUGGACGGAGGAGGAGGAAGGCGCCCUGCUCGCCGGGGUAUCCAAGUAUGGUCCUGGGAAGUGGAAGAACAUUAUCAAGGAUCCUGACUUCGCUCCUCUCCUCACCCACCGCUCCAAUAUCGACCUCAAGGACAAAUGGCGGAAUAUGUGUGCUAACAACGGUUCGAUAGAAAGAUCCAAGAGAGGUAGAGUGAAGAAUCCGAUUGUUCGAAUCACAUCCUUUGCCAAAUCCUCAGCUCCUGCUGAAAAUGUCGAUGCUAUUAUAGAUAAUGCUCUGGAAAUUGCAGCUGAUGGGAAAAAGGAUGCGGGGUAUAUUGCAAUGGUUUAUGAAGCUCUUUCAGAAAUUAACGACUCUAAUGGAAGUGAUCUUAGCACGAUUCUUGACUUCAUUGAGCAAAGGCAUGUGGUGCCUCAGAAUUUUAGGAGGGUAUUAAGCGAAAAGCUGAGAAGGCUUGUUGCGCAGAGAAAGCUCGAGAGGGUGCAAGACAAUUACAGAAUAAUGAAAUGAGCUCCACCAAAAAAAAAAUCAUCAACCCGAAUACCUGAAGAGCUCAAGCAACUCCAGUUGAAGAAUCCUGCACUAGUCACUUGUGAUGACUUUGAAGCUGUGCUAGAAGCAGCAACAGUCGCUGCUUACAAGAUAGCUGAGGCGGAAAACAAAUCGUUUCUGGCUGCAGAAGCAGUAAGAGAGGCAGAACGAAUCGGUGUAAUGGCAGAGCACACGGAGGCAACGCUCUAUCUUAUCGAGGAAAUUUAUGAGCAAUGUAAAAAAAGAACCUAAAACCCUCCCUCCAUUUCAUUCUCUACCGUCUGUUGUUUGGAAAUUGGAUUCAAGUGACACAUUUUGUCUCCAAAUUUUGCAGGUUCAAGAGGUGAAGUCUUUGUCCUGGCCUAAAAUUUUCCAGCUAGGUGAGAUUUUAUGAUAGUUAGGAGCUGUAUGUAGCAAGUCGAUUGAGCACUAACCAAUUUGGCAAGUCCUUCGGUUCUUUUAGAAUGGCGAGUAGGAAUCAUGUGUAGGUAGUGUGUAGUGGAGGUUGUGGACCCAGACAGUAGUUGUAAAGGCAGACUCCAUCUUCAUGAAAGAGUUAUCUACUGACUGAGAAACCCAUUUACAUGUCCAAGUGUUUUAUAGAGUUGAUAGUCAGACGUGAGAUAGAUAUAUGUAAUGACAAGAGAAUGCAUCUUCAAGUAUUUUCUACGCCAAAUGUUUUAAUGCUAUUCCGAUAGGAGGGAAUAUAGGUGUUAGCGUGUG